UUUAUAUAAUGGGAUGGAGUUUUCUUUUAUGUGUAUUGACGACGAUUCUGUUCUUCAAAAUUAAGAUUUGCCAUGGCACUGUUAUUCAGGCAAAUGUCAGCCAGUCGAAUGGAGACUGGGAGACAGCAAUGCAGUUUUGUGCCUCACCAUUGGGAUCCAGGAAUCCACUGAAUGUGUCCACUAUUAAUGUAUCUGUCUCAUCUGAGUUCACAGACAGACUGGCGUGGAUUGGUGCUUAUGGGUUGUAUUCAUCAUGGUUAAAAAUGAUUGGGUGUUUCACAAUUACUGAAUCGACACUUUUGCCCCUCGUAAGUCGGACAACCACUUUGACACAGUUUAACGUGUAUAAUUGCUAUGAAUUUUGUGGUGGAUUCACGUACUUUGCUCUGAGUAAUAUAAUGUGUUAUUGCUUAACUGGUGACACGAUUCCAUCAGUAACUAAUGGACGGUGCUACCCACAACGAUGUUCUGGUAAUCCAGACGAUUUCUGUGGUGAAUAUGUGACUACAAACGAUUUAGUAUCCAUAAUGAUCUACAAGAUAGACACUGAAGAUUUUGGGGGCGUAGAGGAAUGUCUUGCCUCUUUGUACACAGGCAUUUUUACAGAAGGUGGCACCAGUUAUUAUGGUUUCCGGGCACCUUUCGUUCUACCCUGUAGCACCCAGGGACUGGGCUACACCUAUAGAACAAGACUCGAUUUUCCUGCGUCCCAUAGCUUUCGUUUGUCCUCAUCGACCGCGGCGUCAUGGCAAGACGCGGUGGACCUCAGCUAUGGAAACCAGUUUGGACUGCUGGAAUUUGUAAUUUUCCGGUUCCGUUUGCAGGACUUAAGUCAGCCCCAGGAAGGAGAUCGGUACUGGGUGGGAUUCAUGCGAAGACAUAAAAUGGAGUACGGAGCAGAACUACCCAGAGGUCUCGAAGCCCAUUGUGUCGCUGGCAGGGUUAAUAGUAAUGGAAAGCUCACAUUAAUGUAUAGAUUCUGUAAUGAGAGUUUACCAGUGCUAUGUGAAGUGCAAGGUUCGACUGAAACAACAACUGCUUUAUCGAUACUUGACACAACAACAACUACUAUGCCCAGUAUGUCUUCUACAACCCAUAGUUUUUCCUCUAUUAGUUCUUCAACAACAGUUUCAUCCAGCAUGCCUACUGUAACCCGUAAUUUUUCGUCUAUUGGUUCUACAACAAUCCGGAAUAUCAUUGACAACACUGGAGACACGUUUUUCGACAUGGACUUGAACUUGUUCAUCAUCAUUACUGUUUUUGCUGGUGCAUUGCUUGUUUUGAUAAUAUCUGGAGUUUGUUGGAUCGUCUGCACAAUAAGGAAAAAACGCCUGUCCACAAAAAGCACGUCCACAGAAAAGCUUGAUAAUGACGGAUUAUACACAGAGAUUGAGAGCAUCUACAGCAUUGUAUCAAAUUGUGAUACGAUCUCCAACAAACCUGACAUCCAGCUUUCGAAUGAGUCGAUAUCCCUACCAGAAAAGAAAAUAAGAAGAAGCACAAAACGAAAGGGAAAAAGAGGUUUACCGAGCGUACCAGAUCCAACUUUGUCUUCGGCGAGUACUUCCAGCGGUUCUAGACUAGCUGACCUUCCCGUCCGGAGACAGUCUGAUUCUAAUAUAAUAAAAGGGAUUUUAGAAAUGUAUGCGGAGGAUACGCCUCCAACACCUCCACCCACCCCGCGCCAUAGCAUUCCAGAUGUGGUUCCCGAAGGAGAGUAUUAUAUUCUUGAGGAAAUAAAAAAUAAAGAGACUCCUAAAACAAGUAUAGAAGUAAAUGAAGAGCGAGAGGAGCAAGACAAUGAUCAUUUUUAUCAUGUUUUAGAACGCAGACCUAAGCCAGAGGUCAGUUCAAACAGGGAUGUGGAGGCUACAUUACGUGCUGUAGCCAAUCGAAUACCUCUGUCUAAAUGGGUGGGCGGAAGAGCAGCCUCCCUUGAACCGUCCAGAAUAUCACGUGUUCUUUCCAAACGCGAAGGAGACCUAGACACUCUUGACGAAGCGUAUGAAAUUGACCUUAACAAACAAAAGAGAGCCUCAAGUAUGAGGACGACUAAGAAUGUAAAAGACACUUAUCAGCAUUUACAUGCUGCCUUAAAAUCUACAACAUCUACCCCUCCAUUAAAUUUGUUUUAUCGCGGUAGUUCUAGAAAAUAUAAAACAACUACACAAAAGAUAACUCAAUUUGACGCAAAUGACUACGUCGUUCCAAUGCGUAUGAAAAAGACAGAUUCUAUGUACGAUCACAUGAAAAGAGACCGACUAGAAUCAGCAAAUAAUGAUAAUUAUGAAACCAUGGAAAGUGUUCGUGAUUAUUUGGAGAUUUCUGAUGAGAAAAGUGCAGAAGGGAAUAUUAAUGUUAGAUUGUGAUAAAUAGAAAAUGAUUUAUAUAAAAAAUUAAUUGAAUUUAUAGAGUGUUAUAAUAUGAAAUGUUCGUGAAG